AUGAACUCUUCUCAGCCGAAACAGUACGGGGUUACACCCCCAGUGUCAAUUGCCUCACCAAGCGCAGAAGAAGUGAAAAUGAAUGAUGCGAUGAUCGAAGAAUUGAGAAAUCAAAACUCCUUCGAAACUGAAGAUGGCGUGCAAAAAAGAAGAAAGGUUUUAGCGACAUUACAGACAAUUGUACAAGAAUUCGUUUAUACUGUUUCCAGAAAGAAAAACAUGAGUGAAGGAAUGUCGAAGGAUGCUGGCGGUAAGCUUUUCACAUUCGGCUCUUACAGACUAGGCGUCUAUGGUCCAGGUUCGGAUAUUGACACUUUAGUCGUCGUUCCAAAGCAUGUAACGAAGGAAGACUUUUUUACCGUUUUUGAUCAACUUUUGAGGAAGAGAAAAGAAUUGCAAAAAAUUGAGCCAAUUCCAGGCGCUUACGUUCCAAUUAUCAAGACCGUUUUCGAUGGAAUUGACAUUGAUAUUAUUUGUGCAAGGUUAGACAUUCCCCAGGUACCAUUAGAUUUGCAGUUGAACAGUAAUGACCUACUCCGGAAUAUCGAUGAUCAAGAUCUUCGAGCUCUAAAUGGUACGCGUGUGACUGACUUGAUUUUAAAACUCGUUCCACAAAAAACUGUUUUUAGGCAUGCACUAAGAACAAUAAAGCUCUGGGCAAAAAAAAGGGCCAUAUAUGCAAAUAUGUUUGGCUUUCCUGGUGGUGUCGCUUGGGCAAUGCUUGUUGCACGAAUAUGUCAACUAUAUCCAAAUGCGGUGGGUGCCGUAAUCGUUGAAAAAUUCUUUUAUAUAUAUCUUCAGUGGAAAUGGCCUCAACCUGUCAUGUUAACACAAAUAGAGGAUGGCCCCCUUCCUGUCAGAGUUUGGAACCCUAGACUUUAUGGUGGUGACAGAGCACAUAUAAUGCCAGUUAUUACACCCGCAUAUCCUUCUAUGUGUGCCACCCAUAAUAUAUGCCAUUCGACUCAAUCGAUCAUACUUGCGGAGAUGAGAAGGGCAUCUGGAAUUAUAAAGCAGAUAAAAGAAGGUAAAAAGAAUUGGAGUGCAAUGUUUCAGAAGCACGAUUUUUUCUACAAGUACAAAUUUUAUCUAACAGUGAUCGCAGCAACGCGUGAAUCAUACGAAGAUCAUUUGGGUUGGAGUGGACUCGUUAAAUCAAAACUUCGAUUAUUGGUUCAAAAGCUGGAAAAUAUUCCGGAGAUAGCUUUGGCACACCCGUAUGUAAACCCUUUUAUGAAUUCAUAUAUUUCGGAGAGUGAAAGUGAGCUAUUCAAAAUGAAAGAUUUAUAUGGUACCAUCGCAGGUGAGAAGUUUGCUAAGGAGCAUCUUGAAGAGGUAAAGAUAGAUGAUGAAACUAAUUUCAAAAAAGUUGAAGAAGAAGUUAAAAAUUCAGGAAAGCACAUAAUACACCUAAUGAAGUUAUAUAUUGGCCUUUCAUUAGAUAUCAAAGGAAGAGAAAAGAAAAUAGACAUACAGGUACCUUGUACCGAAUUUGACAAAUUUUGUCAAAGUUGGCCAGAUUUCGAUGAAAAAAAAUUUUCUCUUAGUAUUCGAUACACAAAGAUAUGGAAUCUUCCGGAUGAUGUAUAUGAUGAUGGUGAGAAACGUCCUGUGAGACACAAGAGGAAGCGUGAAUCACUCAAAAGUGAAUCAGCAAACAAAAGACAGAGGACUAUUACCACUUCGGUUCCGGCUGGGGCAGCUACUGAGGCUGAAGCCUAA